AUGUCCGGACAGAUCGAAAACAUUCCCCUGCACACCCGCGAGCCCGGCGACGAAAUCACCGAGGCUGACCUGGCCAAGCUGGUGGAGGCCACUGACCCUCUUACCUCUGCUGCCGUUGCUGCUGCUGCGGCGGCGGCGGCACCUACCCAAGGAACUACUGUUACCUUUAACCUCGAAGACUUGUUCGUCGAAUAUGCGUACGAUGAGGACGAUGAGGAUGGGGAGGACGAGGGCGAGGAGGACGAGGGCGAGGAGGACGAGGAGGACGAUGAUGGUGUUGAUGAGAUUUACUACAACGAGGCUAUGGAUGGCUGGCUCGGUCCUUGGUGGGUGAGUGUCUAG